GAAAACAAAGAAAUAGUAUUAAAAUUUUAUAUGCUUAAGAUCAAAAAAGAGAUUUUCAUUUAAAAAUAUUAAAGAUAUUUAAAAAAUGGGUGAAACUGAUUGGGAUUCUGUUACAAAAAUUGGGAGGGGUGUUCGUUCAAAAGUCACUACAAUAAGAACUAUAAAUGAAAUAAAUGAGGCACGACGGUUAGGUAUUUUAGUAAAUAUUGAGAAAAAAUUUUCUGCUGGAUCUAAUAAGGCGCAUAAAACAACGGAAUCACAAAAAAUAACGAAAAUAGAUAGAGAAAAUGAUAUUGUUCCUAUAAAAACUUCUGGACGUGAAGUUGGAUUAGCUAUUUCAAAAGCUCGCCAAGAAAAAAAUAUCAAACAAUCUGAGCUUGCACAAAAAAUUAACGAAAAAGUGAGUGUAAUAAAUGAUUAUGAAAAUGGGAAAGCAAUCCCAAAUCAACAGAUUUUGGCUAAAAUGGAAAAAGUUUUGGGCGUUAAACUACGUGGAUCUGGUAUCGGUCAAGUCUUAGCAGGCUCUAAAAAGUAAUUAGGUUUUAUUC